GGCUAGGGUUUUGUUAGGGUUGUGCGUACUGCGUACUUAACUGAAACAAGAAUAAACGAUUGAAACGCAUACGGUAGAGGAUCACAAAUCAACCAAUCGUCCGGCAAAAACCUUGACUGAAUUGAUGGUUUCGCUAAUGAGGAUGCCUAGUAAGAACUCAACCUUGCUCGAUGAGGAUGUGAUGGAAGAUGAUGAAAUGGAGGGGGAAGCGUAUGAAUCUGAGACUGAAUCUGAGAAAGAGGAAGAAGAAGAAGGAGAUGUGAAGUUAAUGGAACCUAAGAAGGACUCUGUAUACGACAGGGAUGGUCUCGGCGAUAAACUUCAAGAUAUUAGGUGGCCAGAAAAUGUGGGAUGGAUACACAAGCUUUCGAUUGAUAUUAAUCAAGAGCAGGAGGUUGAUGUCAAUGAUGACUUGCACCGAGAGGCUGCUUUCUAUAGACAGGCUUUGGAAGGAACAAGGCAGGCCUUUGAGAAGCUUCAGUCAACGAAGCUCCCUUUCCUCAGGCCUCCUGACUAUUAUGCCGAGAUGGUGAAAUCAGAUGCUCACAUGGAGAAAGUAAGGGGUAGGUUUUUGGCAGAGAAGAGAAGUAGGGAGGAGGCUGACGAGAGAAGGAAGGCUCGGGAGGCGAAGAAACUUGCAAAAGAGGUUCAAGCCCAGAAGCUGAAAGAGAGAGCCAAACAGAAAAAAGAGGAGAUAGAGAGUGUCAAGAAGUGGAGGAAGCAGAGGCAGCAGAGUGGGUUUGCUGGGGGCGAUAAAGGCAGUGAGAUGGAUUUUGCCUUUGAAGAUGGGAAAGCAUUUGAGAGGUCUAGUAAAAAGAGGCCAGGGGCAGCUCCUGGAGAUCGGUCCGGAGGGAAGGCCAGACAAGGUGGAAAAGGAAAGAAAGGUUUGGAGACGAAACAAAAGAAUAGGGAAUUCAAGAACUCAAAGUUUGGACAUGGUGGGAGGAAGGGCUUAAGAAAGCAGAACACAGCUGAAACCACAGAUCAUUUUAAAGCUUUUAAUAAAGGUGGAGGCCCAGGAAACAAGAAGAGGAAGAGGUGAUGCAUUGAUAACCAUUAACCAACCUAUGUAUUGCUGCUAAAUGCAUUGGAAUGGAAUGAUUGAGUUGAGUUGAUUUGAGUUUCACUCGUGUUUGUAUUCCUACUAAAUACUAAUACACUGGAAUGGAAUGGUUUGAAUUUUUACUUUGAAAUCAACAAUUUUGUUUAGAAUAGGUUUCCAUACCUAUAUUCAGUUUUUGAUGAUUUAGUCCAUGUAACUUUAAUGUUUUUGUACUCUAGAAGUGUUAGUUUGUUAUGUUAUUUUGGGUGAUUAAUUAUUCAGUUCUGAGUCAUGUUCUUCAUGUUUCAAGUU